AUGGCACAAUCUUAUAGAAUUCAGGACAGCAGAAGUGGUAAGCGAAUUCAGCCACAAAGCAUACAAGACAAAAACACUGGAGUGGCACGAAAUCGUUUCAGUCGUAGAGGCGAUAGAAUUUCACGAACGACAAAUUCUAAACAUUCGGGUCGGAGCGACGUAAUCAGCUUCAGCGUUGAAGAAGCGGGAGAAACGUCGCUGAAUAGUAAUGAACCAGCACCUACGAUUGAGGAGGUAAUUGAGUCGAGUGACAGUGAAAAGGAGAAAAAUAAUGAACAAAUUCAACCUGAAAUUAUACCCAAAAUUUUGUGCAACCCAUCUACAUUGAUAUUGUUGGAUGAUGGGGAAACAUCGAUGAAUAAUGAAGAAUCAGCACCCUCUAUUGAAGCAAUUGAAUUGAGUGACAAUGAAGAGAAGAGCAAGUUCAACCCGAAAAUUCCAAUAACUCAUCUUCUCAAAAUGACACCCAGAAUGCGACACAACAUACGUCCUCAAACUGAAGAAGAACGCGAAUAUUCAUCACCACGUGAAGGAUUCACAAAAGAUACGAUUGUGAUUCGCUCUAGAUGCAGUCAUGGAAUGGAGAACGGGAUGUGCGUAUUAUACUGUGGACAUGCGGUUUGUGGAGACUGGAAGAUUAUACGAAAAAGAUAG